CUUCCAUAUCAUGUGAUUCAGGUGUUCCAAUCCCCUCCAUAUCAUGUGAUUCAGGUGUUCCAAUCCCCUCCAUAUCAUGUGAUUCAGGUGUUCCAAUCCCCUCCAUAUCAUGUGAUUCAGGUGUUCCAAUCCCCUCCCAAUCACGUGAUUCAGGUGUUCCAAUCCCCUCCCAAUCACGUGAUUCAGGUGUUCCAAUCCCCUCCCAAUCACAUGAUUCAGGUGUUCCAAUCCCCUCCAUAUCAUGUGAUUCAGGUGCUCCAAUCCCCUCCAUGGACACAGGCGUAUACAAUCAAGCCCCUAGACAUGCAGACGGCUUCUACAAAC